AUGGCUCCACAAAGAAGUACCGGGGACCUUACCAUUCAUCUGAAGGCGAUCUACGCUUCUUACAGACAUACUGCGGAUAUCGACGCGAAGGGAAUGUUUUUUUCUCCAUCUUGCUACCAAAUAUGUCGCCCAAACCCCUCGUUUGCUGCACACGAUCGUGAGACAAUCGUGCGCUACUUGCACGAGUACGCACCAAAAGACAAAUACGGGGCAUCGGGGUCAAGUGGAAAGCCAGCAAAGAAGGGAUUUUAUACGAUACGAGCACUCGAGAAACAGGAAUUGGAGUUCGGCACCGAUGAGCAGACUGCUCCUGCCGGCUUCUCUUCAGCGUCUGAAGUCGAACAGAUGGCCAGGAGAGAGGGGUGGGUGGGAAUGAGGGUCGAUCUUUGGGAUGAAUCACCGAGCCAUGAAGCAGAUGAGAAAGAAGACCUUUUGGUUAAGGUGCAGUACUGGUGGAGGAGAGAGGAAGGCAGUUGGAUGCAAAUCUUCCACGACAUCAUGUACAUGGGCCCGCGUGAUGGGAGUGAAGGGGUUGAUGCGGAGAUCCUGGAGUGA